UUGACUCGGGACCAGUACUUGGAGGUAAAUACAAAACAUUAAUACCGAUUACUUUUGAGAUUAGGUAGCCUUAAUUUCAUCUUCUCAUAUAUCAUGUACUUGAUUUUCUAUAGAUGAUUCCUUAUUGGUGUGCCACGCAUCCCGAGUGUUGGGAACGAAUGGUGGACAAAUGGUGCUCAGACGAGUGGGAGGAGGUGCACAACACUUGUCGGGAUCGACGUUUGAUGAUGCCAGGUGUACCACACCAUCAAGGCAGUCGCAGCCUCAGCGGAUACGCACAAGCAUGGUCGGUGUCACAUGGUGGACAGACUUGUUCCAUCUUCAAGGCAUUUGCUAUGUCCCACAAGGCCAAGGCGACGUCCGACGUCAACUAUAACCCAGAGGAUGGGCCAGAGGCGUACAGCAAUGGAACCAUCCACAGUCGCCUCAGUGAGUACACAUCGAUGGCAAGGGAGGUCCAUGGGUCUGAAUACGAUCCGAGCACCGAGGAGCUUGACGCAGAAGUUGUCAUGAGGGUUGGAGGAGGCAAGAAGCAUGGACGCUACUGGAUUUGCGACGGUGCAAUCGACUCAGCCGCUACUCCCUCUCUAUCUCAGAUUCGAGCAAGUAGCACGAGCGCGAGCCCAGCUAUACGACCUCGGCAGGACACUUCACAGCAUCGGAUACAAGCACUCCAGAACCAACUGGUAGAAGAGAGGAGGGAACUCCAGGCCCAACUUGAAGAAGAGAGGAGGCAACGUUUGGAGUUGGAUGCGAGGAUGAGGUCCGAGCAGCAGAGGACGGAGGACAUUCUUCGUUACAUACAGUCCGCAACGGGUGUAGCUCCACCACCUUCGCUAUUCACUCCAAAUCCACCUCCAUCUCAGUUUUCCACUCCUAAUCAAUCGGCGGCAUCGAAUGAUCCUCAUGUUUCACCAACUGAGCCUAAUUGCGUGCGUCGUUUGUGAACUUAUUUGUGAGAUAUGUAUUGUCGGUGAUAUAUUGUGAUCUUUGUGAACUUAUUUGUGAGACAUGUGGACUUAUUUGUGAGACAUGUG